AGAAUUUCCCUCGCGAAUAGUCGUCGCGUUUAAUUUGGAGCUGUAUUUGCAGUAAUUUUGUACUGCAGCCGUCCAAGCAAUCACCCCAAAACCUACCAAUUAAACCGUCACAAUGCGCGUCGAAAUGAAUCUAGACGUUCAGCACUGUCACGAUGACAUGGACAGCAGAAUAGCGGAAUUUAAGCAAGAUUCAGACAAAAUGAAUGACUUGAAUCUGUUUCUGGACAACGUGCUCGAUGAAGCCCAGAAGAGCGCGGAGAUAAAGCUCCAGAGCAAAUUGGAUGAGGAGCGGCCUAAAAAUGGCAAUAAACUUCUAAGUGGCAUCAAGCAACAUAGGAUGGUAACCCGCACACGAGGUAUAGUGCUCAGAAUAUUCGAAGCCAUCUGUAACUGCACAAACUCAGCCCCUAUUCCUGGGCAGCGGCCGGCGACAGCACCGGCAAAUCUUGGGUCUUCCUCCAAGAAUUAA